GGCAGCCUUGUUUCACUGCCGUGAACAAACCUACCGCGACUACCGGGUAUUUGACUCCCAAGCGCACGGCUGCCAGUCCUCCCUUGACCGAAGAUUUACCACGAGACCGAAAUCCUGCAAUUGCCGAAUAUCUCCAUCUUGGAGUGGAUGAAGAGCCGUCCUCAUCAUUCACUAUAGCGGCUAACUUUGCAUCUCCGAGAGCCUCGCGUCGUAAACGGAAGCGGCCGGACGUUAGUCACGCUGUCGAUGAAAAAGAGAACAACAAUGGAGACUCUCGGCGUCCAGCAGCCUCACCUCAUCGGGUUGGCAAUGAGCCAAUACAACCUGCACCGAGUAUUUCGGCCGACUCCAUUGACCUCUUCAAUGCUGCUUCGUAUCGGAGACGGUACUCUCCUGUGACGCCAAGUGAUGACCCAAUCCAGAGUAUGAAUGGAAUUAACACUACCGGGGUGGAUGAUGCUGUUCGUCUUACCUUAGAAGAACUGCCUUAUGAAGUCCAUGAGGAUGACAAUGCCUUUUACGAUGAUCUAGAAGAUAUUAUAUCCAUCAUCGACGAUGAAUGCCCGGCUAACCAAUUGUGUCUUCAUGCGGACCUCCCUUACCGUGAGCAUAGCUCUGACGAAUUCUCCGACGACGACAAUGUUUUUGACUCGAUCUUGGAGUCGAUAGACCUCGACAAUGGUGGCGAUUGCUACCUUAUCGGAAAUACAAGCACUCCAGAAACCCCGGCGCAAGAUGUACCAUCUAUGUCACCAAGUGCGGAUGCCACUACAAUCUCGCCAAAGGCUCGAAUCUCGCAGAAAUUCAUCUCCCCACUGAUCAAGUCCUCAGAGAUGCCCCAGAAGCAGGAAACCUCCCAGUUUGACCGGCAACCUAUCGUCAGACCUCCUUUCCCCAAUAAAGCAAGGGACCGUUCACCAAUCGUCGGUCUCUCCCCUGCUCAUGUACUGCGGACGUGUUUCCGUGUCGGUGAAGCUAUCAAAGUUGGUCGCGAUGCUGUUAAAAAUGAGAAGGACGUUCUGAUUGAGAUGUACGCAAGAGUGGCAAGCUCAUCAAGGACUGAAACCAAACAGUCAUUUGAAUUCCGUGACCUGUUCCAUGACAAGCCACCUCAUAUCAUGGGAGAGUACCACGCUGCAAUAUGGAAAUCAGUCAAACUUUACAACGUAGACAGUGCUCGACUUCUCAAGGGUAAUAAGAUGUGCCGCUGCAUCGGACAGAUGAAACGAGACAUGGAUGGAUACAAACUACUGAUCUUGAACAUUUGGGAGGUAAGUACAUCCAACCAGUUUCUCUACCAUCUGCUAAGCUAUCAAAGUGUACAUGGGAAGAUAUUGAAUGGGUCGAGGGUAUUCUGUGCGCAUAGGCGUUCAACAUAGGCAAGUG